AUGGAUGAGCUGAGUGGAACGAGCAAAAAUCAAGUGGAACGGGAAAAUCUCCAUUUCUACUCUCCGUUUAUCAAGAAAAGGUCAUCAAAGCAGUUUCAAGGAAAGAAAAUGAUUCGAUAUUUAUUGAUUACCUUCGUUUUUUUCUUCUUUAUUUAUGCUGAAGAGACGAAUGAAAAAACGGGAGACGAGGCGCGGCAGAAGCUUCUCGCUGAAAUUGAAGACAUUGAGAACAACAUCACUCAAGUGACUGCCGAUGUCGCGAUGUGUGUGAAGAAGACUGGCUUACCGGAGACCUUCUGUCGCCUAUUCUACACGGCCGCUCUGGGUCUGGCCAAGCACCUCGCCAACCUGAUUCCCAAUCAU